AAUUUGGCAGAAGCGCAGAUCCAGCCCUAGCUCUCACUGCAGACUGAGUUACACAGCGUCGUACCGCCCCAAACAACUCCCCCUGCGUGACGAGGAUUCGCCAUAAUUAGCGCUUGCUUUUAUCCGUCGAGGAUAACUUGUGCUGGGGCUGAGUACACGUCUUCGGCAAUUGACUUGCAGUUCAGAAUUAGCUGGUUUUGGAUAAACUGGUGGUGUCCUUCUUCCGUGGAGGGGUCCCAUGGCUGUGCCCUGAGAGCUACAAAGCAUUUGCCCGUCCCAAGAUACCUUUCUUCUGUUCUCGUUUUUGUAGUGUCGCUUCCUACCUGCGAGCUUUUUGUGUUUGCCUCGUGAUCGUUGUUCGUCUUUGUGGAUUUGGUGCCUCCAAGGCGUGGUGUGUUGGUUUUGGCUUGUGUUGUAGCGGUUUUGAGGUGGGUUUAGGGUGGAGCCUUGAGUGGCCGCGGCGGCAUUUCUAGAUUGGUGGUUUUCUCUACUGCGAGGGAGGGGCAGCUUUCGGGGGAGUUGUUUGCUGUUUAUACAGCUUGUCUGAUUAGUCUGAAGUCGUGUAGAUUACGAAGGAGUCUUUGUGAGGUACGUGUGGAAGGUGUUCUUUUUGUAGUUUACCGCAAUCCGGAUUAACACCCAAUUUGAAGAAUAUUUCCUGGAAUGCACCUUACGAGAAGGAAUAGCCAUAUCUGAUGAAAGAUUUGAUCCAGAAGUACCACGAAUUAUCAUUUCUAAUCUCAGGCAACAUUUCCUACCAAAAUGAUUACCAGCAAGUCCAUCCCUAUUUGCCGAACCACAUUUCAGAGUGAGUCUCUGAUGUUUUCUUCACCUAAAAGCGUCGGGACUUCUGGUUCAAGCACCAGCCCCAGGCGGAAAUCGGGCUUCGGCUUGGUGACGAUGGCGCAUGCCGGCGCGUCUUCGAGGGAUCAUCACAACACUCUUGGUCUCUCUCCCGGUGCGAGCAAGCACGAGAUUAAGAAAGCUUACAGACGUCUUGCGCUUCAAUACCACCCCGAUGUCUGCGACGGCAAUCACUGCACUACAAAUUUCCAACAGAUCAAUCUUGCUUACGAGUCGCUUUUGAGCACGACAUCCUCUCGAUUCGGGGAGUUUGAGGAUGACUUAUCGGACAAUUUGGAAGGAUUUGCGGGGGUAUCGGGUGAUUCCUGGGAGGAGUGGGAGGAGUGGAUGGGUUGGGAAGGUGCGGGAACCCGAAAUUACUCCAAUCAUGUCAACUACGCCACAUGAUUCUGCGACACUGCCUCCUGUUAUAAUGUAAUUAUAGAUUGUAUAAUGACCGAAGCUUUCUGCAGCUGCGGACGGAAGGUCUGAAUACAAAGUAUAUACAUAGCGAUGUUCCUUAACAUCUUUUUUUCCCCUCUUCUUCUUUUCUCUUCUAUGAAGGAAAGUGCGGUGUCCUAGCCCUUGAAUGAAGGGGGAAAGUGCGGUGUCCUAAACCCUCUAACUGAACAGCAGCUCGACUUAACUUCUGCUGGGAGGUUUGUGCGUAUUAGCGGAAAACUCUUGAUUUAAGUUGUCCACCCCUUAAUUGCGGAGCGUAAGGCUUUCCGAGAGGUUGAGACGCUUAUUUUUUCCCGUGGCUGUGGCCAUGUAACGCCAGAUGGCUGGUGUAAUUUUACAAAGAGCAAUCGAGAGACAUUCGAGCAGUCACUUUGUGGUA